CGGGGCUGCGCGGCGCCGCUGCCUGCCGCCUGCUGCCGGCUGCCUGCCGCGCCGGGCCCGCUGCGCCGCAGGGAGCUGCCGCGGGUUUCCAGCACAUUUCAUCGGUCACUGCGAUGGGCCUUUCCCUGCCUGACCCCAAGAUGAUGGUAUAGCAGCGGGUGGCUGCGAUCCAGACCUGCAGUGGGGCAUUGUUUCCCACUGGGACAUCCUUCGCCCCACUCCCCCUCUUAGCAGAAGCCAUGGAUGCCCAUGUGGACCUCCUGACAGAGCUGCAGCUGCUGGAUAAGGUGCCCACACUGGAGAGGCUCCGGGCAGCACAGAAGCGGAGGGCUCAGCAGCUGAAGAAGUGGGCGCAGUAUGAGAAGGAGAUGCAGCAUAAGAAGCGGAAGCAUGAGAAGAAAAGAAAUGCUGUUAACCGAAAGAAAGUGUCUUUUGAAGCCAGCGUUGCUCUGCUGGAGGCUUCCCUGAGGAAUGACUUGGAGGAAGUGUGUUACUUGCUGAAGAGCAACAUCAGCCCAGACCUGUGCAAUGAAGAUGGAUUAACUGCGCUGCAUCAGUGCUGCAUAGACAACUAUGAAGAGAUAGUCAAGCUUCUCCUCAGCCACGGGGCCAACGUCAAUGCAAAGGACAACGAGCUGUGGACUCCAUUGCAUGCAGCAGCUACGUGCGGUCAUAUCAACCUGGUGAAGAUCCUCAUCCAGCAUGGAGCAGACUUGUUGGCAGUGAAUGCUGAUGGCAAUAUGCCGUAUGACCUCUGUGAAGAUGAGCCAACUCUGGAUGUCAUUGAGACUUGCAUGGCCUACCAAGGGAUUACACAGGAAAGAAUCAAUGAGAUGCGGGCUGCUCCGGAGCAGGUCAUGAUCUGUGACAUUCAUGACAUACUUGCGACGGGACAGGAUCUGAACAGGACUGAUGCCCAAGGUGCCACGCUGCUGCAUAUAGCUGCAGCCAAUGGUUAUCUGCAUGCAGCUGAAGUCCUCCUUGACCAGGGGGCAAGCCUGGAUAUUAAAGACUGGGACGGCUGGGAACCUCUUCAUGCUGCUGCUUUCUGGGGACAGAUGCAGAUGGCCGAGUUGCUUGUGUCCCACGGGGCUAGUUUGAGUGCCAGGACAUCUUUGGAUGAGAUGCCAAUAGAUCUAUGUGAAGAGGAGGAAUUCAAAGUAUUACUUCUGGAGCUGAAACACAAACAUGAUGUGAUCAUGAAGUCUCAGAUGAGGCACAAAUCCUCCCUGAGUCGAAGGACGUCCAGCACUGGCAGCCGGGGGAAGGUGGUGAGGAGGGCCAGCCUUUCGGACCGAACAAACCUUUACAGGAAGGAAUGUGAGAAAGAGGCCAUUGUCUGGCAGCAGCUGGGUGCAACAGAAGAAGGAACAAACUCGGGUCUCGUUGGAGAAAUUGGGGAGACUCGGUGUGACCAGGAGAAUACAGACCCUAAUUCACUGCUGGAGAACUCUUCCCUCCUUCCGGAGUUAGCAAACAAAAGCACGCAGUGUGACUCUGAAAUCCCCCUCCAGAAUGGACUCAUGGCAUCCGCCAGCACUUACCAGUACACCUUUUCCAAUGGGGACAUUUGGAGUCUGCACGCUGACCCUGAGAGCAACCCAGGCCACAUGUUGCCCUACGGCAACCCUGGGCUCCCUGACACGGAGCAGUUCUGGGGUGCCUACAAGGAGCACAACCAUCAAACGCUCUCUGAACUGAAGCGGCAGCGGGCUGCAGCCAAACUCCUCAACCACCCUUUCCUCAGCACCCACUUUGGCAGUGGCAUGGGAGGUGUUGCCGAGAAUGUGGGUGAGGCCAAGUCGCACCUAAUCGAAUCCAGGACUUCUCCCUACAGCUCCAAUGGGACCUCAGUGUAUUACACAGUGUCCAGUGGUGACCCACCCCUCUUGAAAUUCAAAGCUCCCAUGGAGGAAAUGGAAGAGAAGGUGCAUGGGUGCUGCAGGAUUUCCUAGACUCAUCUGUUUCUCACCCUAGAGGAAACAAGACGUGGGUAGGCUGGUUGGAUCUAUCGCAGAGGCCAGGUUGUUUGCAUUCCAAAGGGAGAAUGUGGUUAUGGACAUCCUGACUGUGGCAGCCUCGUUCAUCUUGAAUUGUACUUUAUCCUGCCAGUUACUUUCAUUGCAGAUGAAUGAGUAAUGCAGGUGGUGCAAGGCUCUUAGGAGAGGAAGGGAUGCACAUUGAUGUGAUGUAAAAAGAGUUGCCCUAGUCUUCCUCCCUGGGGAAGAAGGUAUGGUGCACUGCCUCCCUGUCCUUGGGAAGUCAUGAGAUGCCUUGGCACAAAGAAAGGAUCUGAAUUAAAAUCUUUGCAUUGGAGCCUCUUGCUGUAAAUCACCAAGGAAGGUGACAGAUCAGACCUGAAUGUUCACUCCUGGGUGAUGCAUAUAUCCUGGAGGGGAGAUCAACCCCAGCAUGGGUUUGCAAGAAUGGACAGAGCUGUGUUCCGUACAGCUGGAUCCAGCACUUACAGCCUGAGCAAUGAGCAAGCAUUGUUGCUGCACUCGCUUUAGGAAGUUUGCAAGGUGCUAUCUCCUUGCAGUGACAGCUCACCAACAAAAACUGUGCACUGGCUGGGUCCCAUUCUGCUCAUGUACAGUCGUCACUGCAGACUGCCAUCAGGUUUGAAGCAGAACUCUUCCUGAACAGGCUUCACUCUACAGGCUUUAAAACUGAUGUUGCAAUAAGGGGCCCUGGCAAUAGAAUUUUACUGCAAUAAAAUACUGACAAAGGUCUAUAUUGGGAUAAGUAAUUUAAACUUAUUUGUACUAUUUAGACUUAAUUUGUUUAAAACUGAAAAGACUUUUGAUGAUCUCACAUUCCUAUUGAUUCUGUUUGUUUACUCUCUACUCAGCACACAUAUUAGGGGCAGUAUGCUUUGUGUUCUGGUUUCUUCUGGGUUUCCAGAACCACAGGGGUUGGCAGGGAUGAGGAGGAAAGCCUUGUGACGCUAAUCCAGAAGCACCGUGAAAGCAUUUCUGAUCUCCCUAGGGUUACAACACUUGCGUUAACCUGCAGUCUUUGGCUGAUAAAAUAACUGUUAAAGCAUUGCUUUCGUAGUUGAACACUGCAGCAGGGCAGGAGGUUUCUUUCUUUUGGUCUGUUUUCCAGCUCCCAUUCUGAAGUCAUCAGUAGUGGUUAAUAGCUGUCAGAAGAGGACUUAAAUGCUCUGCAUAAGGGAGUUGUCUAGCACCAUGCAGUACUUAGCAAAGCUUCUGCUGUAGAGCAGUUGGCCCACCAACACUGGUGGUUUAGUUUAGUUCAUGUGAGCUGUGACAGGCUGCAAGAGAGACACCAGCAUGGUAUGACCUGCGGCGUUGGCACUUGCUCUUCUGCAAGUUAAGUCUUUACAUACCUGGGGAGAUGAGAGGAGAGUGCCCUGGGGGGCACAGCUCUGAGGAACUGGCCACAGUUGAGUCUCAACAAGUUGUAUCUAGAGAAGUAACUCAAAUCUUCAACCCUUUUUCUGCACAGAGGGGCUGUUGCACACAUAACUAUUUGCCUGCAUGAAUAUAUAUCUUCUUGAGCAGUUUAAAUUUCAAACUCUGAAAACAGAUGCCUGUUUGGGUCUCUGUAAGCCAUCAGUGGAUUAAAUCCAGCUCACAUAGUUGUACUUCAGCCAGGCAACUGCAAAUGCAGCUUCCACCCAUCUUCCCUCAAGCUGGCAGCUAUUAGACAUCAAUACUACACUUCACAUGUGGGAAUCCUCACAGCCUUGCCUUUUUUCUAGACUAUACAAAGAUGGCUUAAGCUGCCAGUGACUGUCAAGGGCUACCCUCUGCUCCCCAGCAAACCUAGCCCAUCGCUGGGGCUGGAUAUAAGGUGAUACAGGGCUCUGGGCUCCUCAUUCUCAGCUCCUUGAGGCCGCAGAGGUGCAGGAAACUCUUUUGGACCUGUGAGUUUAUCACCAGGCUGACCAUUUACUCUUUGAACUCUAAGUCGCUCCAGCUGUGAUCUUGAGCAAACCAACAAUUAAUUUACUAUCAGGCGAAAGAUAUUACAGGUUCUAGAUUACAAAACAUCCCCCUAAUUGGACUUUGUACUGUAAUUGUAAAAUUGGCUGUAAUACAGCUCUUUUGGCUUUGUCACUGUGAGCUAACAGGCUCACCAAAGUCUAGUGGCAUCUGAUCAAAUGUCAUCAAUUCUUAUUCAGAUGAGAGAGUCAGUAAUGGAUAAAUCUUUCAGGGUAUGUUUCACAGCCAUGCCAACUACUUAUUUACCACUGGCUUUGGGUUGAAGUUGCAUCAGAGUGGGACCUGGAAGGCAGCUGAAGGGUGACCUAGUACGGAUUCAUGCUUGUGUGUUGGUGACAUUUGGGAUAUAACAGCCACUGCCUGUGGGGCACUGGCAGAUACGCUCAGGGAAGGAGCUGGCAGUCUGUGCCACGUGCAGAGUUGUUGGUUGUAGGUAUGGGAUGAGCAAUUCUGUAAAGUGGGUAUUUAACCUGCUUUUGGUGAACUAUUUUGUAGAGACAAACAGGCUUUUGGGGGAAUAACAAACACAUAGAUACUCUUAUAUGUGCAUUGUAGGAGCCUACCUCUGGGAAUAGGGCUUUUUAUUAUAAAAUUUAGCAGUGUUACAACAAUAGUGUUUUUUAAAUAUCUGUGUGUUUUAAAGGCUGACCCAGUGGAAAGCUCUGAGGUACAUAGCUCAAGGCACUUGGCUAUUUCAUUCAAUCUUAACAUUGCUAAAAAGCUGUAGAAACUAGAAAUCAUGUUGUGACUGGUAUAUCUACCACAUAGAAUCAUAGAAUCAACUAGGUUGAAAAAGACCUUUAAGACAUCAAGUCCAACCAUUACCCCAGGAAUGCCAAGACCGCUUGGCUUAUUAGAGGAAGAUUGGGAGGAAGGGAGGGGAGAGUUAUGCUAUACUCUGUUUUUAGGCUCAAUAAACAUCUAAGUUGUACUUAGAUUCAAGAUCAGAUCAGAGUCCCACUUCUGUUAGCAGUAAGCCAAAGGCUGUAGUUGUUCAUACACAAAGAUUAGAGAAUGUGAGUGUAUUGCUGGGUCAAUUGUAGGCAGAGCUGCAUUAUGAGAAUAACCCUUCUUGCAAAAUCAUGUAUGCUGGAGUCACACUGUUUCUAGCAGGCUCACUGGUUGAUGACAGCAGCUUUAUUUCCAUGUUGAAAGACUUUGUUUAGAUGGAAAAUAAAAGGUGUCUCUCAAAAUA